AUGUUAGAGCAUUUUAUAUUUUGCAGUAUCUGUUCUUGUUUCUCUGCAUCGCAUGCUUCAUCUGUACCACUGUUCAAUGGGCUCAAUUUCUCUGACUGGUGUGAACAAGUCCAGUUCAACUUAGGUGUUUUGGAUUUGGACUUGGCACUUCAAGUUGAGAAACCUGCUGAUCUCACUGAUGAGAGCAGUGCUGAUGAAAAAUCUUUCCAUAAGGCUUGGGAAAGGUCUAACAGAUUAAGCCUAAUGUUUAUGCGAAUGACCUUGGCAAAGAAUAUCAAGUCUACUAUCCCUAAAACUGAGAGCGCCAAGGAAUAUAUGAAGUUUGUGGAAGAACGUUCCCAAACAACUGACAAAUCGCUUGCUGGCACACUGAUGGGUACAUUAACCACCAUGAAAUUUGAUGGUUCUCGUACCAUGCAUGAGCACGUUACUGAAAUGAGUAACAUUGCAGCAAGACUUAAGACUCUUGGGAUGACUGUGGAUGAGAAGUUCCUAGUACAGUUUAUCAUUAACUCUUUGCCUCCUGAGUAUGGUCCAUUCCAUAUGAAUUAUAAUACCUUAAAUGACAAAUGGAAUGUGAAUGAAUUGCACAGUAUGCUCGUGCAAGAGGAGACAAUGCUUAAGAAUCAAGGAACUCAUUCUAUUCAUCUUGUAAGUCGUCAAGGAGCUGGAAAGAAAUAUAAGAAAAGGUCUGGAAAGGGCAUUAAGUAA